GGAAGAUUCCAAGAAGAUUAAAGGUUUCCAAUAUCUUUGAUAUCUAUCUAUCCAAAUCUCCUGAUGCUCCACCCAAAUUUCAAAUUAUAAAUAGGAAGUCUGUCAGAAUAAUAAUCACAGGUAGCCACACUUUUGACUUGAAAGUAGAAAAAAGUGCUUCAUAGAGCAUCACUGCAGAACUACUGAAAUUCUGACGGCGCAUUCUGAAAUAAACAUGUUUACCAUGGAAAAGCUGACACUUCUGCUUCUUUUCACGACAUUACCUCAGGGGGAUGCAGCAGCUGAUGACUGCCCCCCUGGAUGGUCAGCAUUUGGACUGAAAUGUGCCAAAUUCUUCUCACAAACACUCGACUGGUUGUCAGCAGAGAAGUACUGUCAAACCUUUGGUGGAAAUCUUGCAUCGGUGCACAGUAAAUCUGAAAACGAUCUUCUGCUGAACAUGGUGCCUGGUACGACACGAGCUUAUAUUGGUGGUCAUGAUGCUGUAAAAGAAGGACAGUGGCUGUGGAGUGAUGGCUCUGCCUUUGAUUACAACAACUGGUGCAGUGGACAACCUGACAAUUUUAUAAAUGUUGAGCACACUCUGGAAAUAAACUUUGGUAACCACUGCUGGAAUGACAAUGACAAACAAGUCCCACUUGCUUUUAUUUGUGCUAGAAGUCUUUAUUAAAAGUCAUUCUGCUCGCAAGUUCAUUGAUUGAACAUGCAUUAAAACAUUUUCUGAAUUUCUAUUCUACAUAAAUCUUAUUUUUAAAAGGGAACCUACUUGACUGAUGAAAAUUGAAGUGUAAUAGGAACAUACAGCAUGUCCAUUAUGUAAAUCUGAAUUUCAACCUCUUUUUAUCUUUAAUUUCUCCAAUCAAUAAAAGCAUUGAAAAAGGA